CAUCCGUCGAAGGCGAGAUCCAACGGCUCACGUCCAUUCCUGUUUCUCCACACCCACUGACCUUUCCUUUCGCCUACACCGCUACACCCUGCCGGCCCGCCGCCGUCCCGACGCCUUCAUCGCGUCCCUCUCGGCCAGCUCUCUGCCCGCCCCUGCAGCGCAGCCCCCCACCUCGCAGAGCCCGCAGGGAUCCACCCCUUGCCGGAUCUCCCUCCCAGUAAUCCCCUCGGCUGCGCGGAUCUCGUUUCCACCCUCUGCCGCUUCGACGCAGAUGGGGCUCGACGCCCUGACGGCCGCGUGCUGUGCCCUUCCGGUACUUGUCUCCUUGCUCACCGUCCGCUUCUUCUACGUGCUUUGGCGCAGCGGUCAACCGCUGUCGAGGCCUCACGCCGCAGGGUUGCGGUGUCUCAUCGUCCUCGGGUCCGGAGGGCAUACUGCAGAAAUAAUGAAUAUUGUAACAGCCCUUCAGAAGGAUAGGUUCACGCCAAGGUACUAUGUGGCUGCACUUACUGAUAACAUGAGUCUUAAAAAGGCACAGUUCUAUGAGCAGUCACUGAUUCAGAGUGAUGGAGAGAUGACCAUCAAUGACGCCCACUUCAUGCAGAUAUACCGUAGUCGUGAAGUAGGCCAAUCUUACAUUACCUCCAUUGCAACAACAUUGCUUGCUACAUUGCAUGCUAUGUGGCUAGUAAUAAGAAUCAGACCACAAGUGAUAUUUUGCAAUGGUCCAGGGACAUGCUUCCCUCUGUGCGUCUCUGCUUUCGUUCUGAAGGUGUUUGGUUUGGGAUGGUCCUCCAUUUUCUACAUUGAAAGCAUUGCAAGAGUGAGGAAGCUUUCAUUGAGCGGUUUACUGUUGUACAAGCUACGGAUAGCUGAUCAGUUCUUCGUGCAGUGGCCCCAGCUGCAGCAAAAACACCCUCGAGCACAGUACGCUGGCCGUUUAAUGUGAAAAUUCAUCCAUAUUGGAUAUUGGGAUACUGUAUUUUCCAACUGAAAAUCCAGAACACACUGACAAUCUGUGUACACUUCGAAAAAUACAAUUGAGUGACCCUCAUACUUGAUACAGGGGGCAUGGAGUGCAAGUUACUUAAGAUAAUCUUUCUGGGCAAACGGGAAUCAAGGUACAGUAUGAUAGAAGUUACUGAAGAGUGUAAAACUCAUUUUGUAAAUUUCAAGAGACAUUAUCUGUUUUUA